AUGCAGGAACAAUCAAGCCAAGAAUUAGUUACAGAUAAGCACUGCAAAAAGCAUCCCAGCGAACCUCUGGCGUUCUAUUGUGAAAACGAUGGCUCUGUCAUAUGUGAGGAAUGCGUUGCAGAAUUCCACAGCAAACACGAUUUUAAAAAAUUAAGUGAUGUAGUGAAAGUGCAGCGGGAUCAAAUACAAGAGCACCUCAAAUGUCUUCCACAUGAAAAAUUGUCUCGUUUUGAAAAGGCGGAAGAGUUCUUCGUUCGAACUCAAGAGAAACUGACAGAAAAUCAGACACGUAUUCUCCGCCAAGUGGAUUCACAAAGACUUAGUAUCACCAUGGAGAUUGAAGAAAACCGAAAGACACUUAUGGAAGAUUUGGCUGCAUACUACCAACAAGUAGAGCAAGACGUACGUGCACAGACGGACGAUUACUUAGCAGAUGUCAAACAGCAUUUGGAAGCAUACGAAGCAAAGGUUCUGUCCGAUUUUAGCAAACUGCAGCGACUUGUAGAUAACGAAAGCAACAAUAUAUCGGCAGAAGUUAAGGCAUUUACCUCCGCCCAGAUGAAAACCUUGGAAGUUGAAAAGGACAAGCAAGAAAGGAAGAAGAUUUGUUUUGAAAGCAUUCGUCAUUUUGCUCUGCAGCUUAUAGACACCGGUUCUGACAUCGACGUGUUGACCCAUGCUAAAAACCUCGAAGCUAAAAUGUUGGAGCUACAGGCAACGGAACCUUCAUUUGAUACCAAGGCAUUAACAUCAUCAUUAACACCGGGUCCAGCCAAAACGGAACAUACAGUAGAGUGUCCUGAACUUCCUGAACCAGGACCGUUGUCCGUCAAAACGGGGUCCAUUACGGCCAAAAUACACUGGGGUCCCUUGGAUGCAUGUUUUGGAAGUUUGAAACCAAAGUCAGCACGCCGUACCAAACUGCAAAUAUUUCAGAAACCCACAUGGCUAGACACGCCUAAAGAAACUCUCUGUUUUCCGAUUAUGUAUAAGCCUUGGGAUAUUACUUGCACAGAUGACGAGUGCAUUUUAAUUCUACGGGAAAAUGGUGUUUUCGUGGCUGUACACUCCAACACAGGUCAACUCACUCGUGUGAUCAGAAUAGAGGGCGAAGCGUAUUGUAUCACUGCAACAAGUAACGAUAUGUUCGUGGCCUCAUGCCGGGAUAAAUGUUGUAGACUGUAUUCUACCUCAGGUCAGGUUAUCCAAUGUUUUGGUGAGGGUGAUAUGUCGCGACCCUGGGGUGUCACAGUGGAUCGAACAGAGGGAAAGGUAUUUGUGUGUGAUAGCGGCACAAAGUGCAUUUGUGUGUAUGAUACGGAAUCAUUUAAUCUUGUUAACAAAAUCGCUAUCCCAAUGUGCACUUGUAUUGCACUUCAGUGUGAAUACCACCACGGCAUCAAGGCAGUCAUAGUCUUGGAAAACAGCGCCCACUGUGUGUAUGCAGUGACACCCGGUGGUGACGUCCUAUUCCAAUACGGAGCAAGAGGUCAGAGUGUUAGUGAAGAGGGACGACUGAGUCAGCCAUUCGGAGUCUGCGUAGAUAAGUUUAGACACAUAUUCAUAGCGGACUGCUGUAAUCACAAGGUGCUUGUCCUUGGUUCAGAUGGCAAAUAUAUACGUAACGUCCUGACAAGGAAACAUGACAACAUAGUCCGUCCCAUGCGCGUCGCCGUCAACAGAAAUGGGGAACUUGUUGUUGGAACAAACGAAUGUGCAGUAUUCACGUUUAGUUAUAUAGAUAAAAUAUGA